AUGGGAGAAACCAUCACAGACAUUGCAAAGGAAUUUGCCCUUGGAUUUGAUGAGCUACCGACCACUGAAGAAAUAGUAAGCUACCUUUGCCACUUGCUCUCCAUGAAUAUUUACUUAAUAAGCAUGCCACUAAAACAGGUCCAGGAAAUAUCCAAUUGCCCAGGGCCCUCAUACGCUCGUGACUAUACAGCAACCUGCCCAGAGUCAUGGAUUCUUCAAGCUAACGGCACUUGCUGGGGGCGCGGGUAUCGGGGCCCUUGCGAAUCAAUGCAUUACUUCGGGGCUUUCGACCAGGCGCGGAAAGAAAAGUUUGUACGUUAA